UCCUUGGCGCGCGCUCCCCUGAUGCGUCUGUCGUCACUCGAGCGCCGUUCACACGUCUGUUUACAUCUCUGAUCCCUUCUCUACUCAUCUGUUAGUUCAACAGGUAAACGAUCAGACUCCAGGAUGGUACAGUUCAACGGUACUUACAAGAUGGAGAAGAAUGAAAAUUUGGAGGCUCUGUUAGAAGUAAUGGAGGUGGGAAUGAUCAUGAGGAAAAUAGCGUUGAUGACUAAACCGAAGGUGGAGGUGAAGGUGGACGAUGACGAUACGUGGACCAUCAUUACACACGGUUUACGUCGGACUGUUACCUGGAAGUUCUCAUUAGGUGAAGAGAAAGAAUUUACCUCCCUCGAUGGCAACAAAUUUAAGGCCAGCUUCACCUUGGAGGGCGACAAGCUUAUACGGCACAAUAAUGGCGGUAACGAGGCUCAGCUGGACUUUGUGAGAGAGUUUACUGAUUACGGCAUCAUACAGCACAUCACCCACAGACCAACAGGAACUAAGUGUACUCGAACAUUCAAGAGGGUUUAAAUAAUGACAACCAUGACGUCACUCUCUGAGAUGUGUGAUGCAACCGUGACGUCAUUGAUAGAAGCUGAUCCCAAGCAAAUGAUGUUGAUGACGAUGUUGAUGACGUCAUAUUUGUACUCUUCUUGUGGUGUGAAUUUAAGGAUUUAUAAAAGAAGUUGGGAGGUAUGAUGACGUGUGUGUGUGUGUGUGUGUGUGUGUGUGUGUGUGUGUGUGUGUGUGUGUGUGUAUGUAGGUGUGUGUGUGUG